AUGCCACCAAAGAAGAAGUCCGAACGCCCAAAGGAGGAGAACAUCUCCCUCGGUCCUCAGAUCCGUGAGGGUGAACUCGUUUUCGGUGUUGCCCGUAUCUUCGCCUCCUUCAACGAUACCUUCGUCCACGUUACCGAUUUGUCCGGCCGUGAAACCAUCUGCCGUAUCACCGGUGGUCAAAAGGUCAAGGCUGAUCGUGAUGAAUCCUCCCCAUACGCUGCCAUGUUGGCUGCCCAGGACGUUGCUGCCCGAUGCAAGGAACUCGGAAUCACUGCCCUCCACAUCAAGAUCAGAGCCACUGGUGGUAACGGAACAAAGACACCCGGACCCGGUGCCCAAUCUGCCCUGAGAGCUUUGGCCCGUGCUGGCAUGAAGAUCGGCCGUAUUGAAGAUGUCACACCCACACCAUCCGACAGCACUCGUCGCAAGGGUGGUAGAAGAGGUCGCAGAUUGUAG